AUGGCAGCCUGGACAACAACCACGGUGGACAAGAUGGACACCGAACUGGGAGCACCGUUCUGGACAGCGGACAGCGAGGCGACAGAUCCCAGCGGCACGGGUUCUAGCUUUGCGGAAUGGGUCGUCAUCCUGGCCGGUGUUUCCGCCCUCGUCGCCUGCAUCGCGACGGUGGUGUCGAUUUUGUUGCAGGCCAAAAACUACCGCAAACCGCUGCUCCAGCGUCAUGUCAUCCGCAUCCUGAUCCUCGUCCCCAUCUUCUCAAUCGCAUCGUGGGCCUCGCUCACUUCUCUGCGCGUGGCCUUUUGGGUCGACCCCGUCCGCGACAUCUACGAGGCUUUUACCAUCUACACCUUCUUCCAGGUCCUCGUCAAUUUCCUCGGCGGCGAGCGCAGUCUGAUCAUCAUGAUGCACGGUCGUCCGCCCGUUCCGCAUCCCUGGCCGAUGAACCACGUCUUCGCCAAGGUUGAUAUCAGUGACCCGCAUUCCUUCUUGCAGAUCAAGCGUGGUAUUUUACAGUAUGCCUGGAUAAAGCCCAUUCUGGCACUCACCWCCAUCAUCUGCAAGGCCACAGGUACAUUUCGCGAGGGUGUCAUGGCCGUCAACUCGGGCUACAUGUGGACCAGUCUCAUCUACAACGUCAGCAUCUUCUGGUCGCUGUACGAUCUGGCUCUGUUCUGGGUGUGCAUGACACAUGACUUGCAGCCUUUCCGACCCAUGCCCAAAUUCCUCUGCAUCAAGGGCAUCAUCUUUGCCAGUUGGUGGCAAGGAUUCUUCCUCUCCAUCCUCGUCUGGCUGGGUGCCAUUCCCAGUAUCGACGGCACGGGCUACAACGCGGACAACUUAGCUGCGGCCAUUCAGGAUGCGCUAAUCUGCUUUGAGAUGCCCUUCUUCGCCGUGGCUCAGUGGUAUGCCUUCAGCUGGAAGGAUUACGCUGACAAGACCAUCAGCGAUGCAAGAAUGCCCAUUCGAUUUGCCUUGCGCGAUGCUUUCGGAUCGCGAGAUCUGAUUGAGGAUUGCAAGGAUACUUGGAACGGGCAGAAGUAUGAGUACCGUUACUUUGAUGCCGACGAUAAUGUCAUGGCUCAUGAAGAGUCCGCGAGUAGGGAGGCACGCAUGMGAGAGGGCAUGCGUUACGAGAGAAAUGGACGGGGUAAGUACUGGGUGCCGGCCGCAACUGAAGUACGCAAGCCUCUCCUGAGCAAGGUCUUACCUCACAGCCAUGCGCGGACCAUGAGUCCCGGUGGGGGAGGCCAUCAGUCUCGAUCCACUAGUCGCGGGAAAGGAUACGGCACUCAUGAUGAAUACGAGGUGCUAGAGAAAGAUCCAGAAGAGGAACGGCUCUACGUCAACGCCCGUGCGCUGGAAUUUGGUGAUUGGAACUAUCCGGUCAUCAACACACACUAUGCCUCGCGUGAAGAUCGUCUAUUUGCAGAUCCCAACAUCAUCUCACAGUCUACAAAUCGWGCACUGUUGCAGCCAACUAAAGACAACCAGGAGCGAAGGCGAUCACGGAUCCGUGACAUGCGAAAGGACGCACAUCAGCACGGGCGACCUAGCACCUCGGACUCUUCUAACAAGAGUGGUGAAGGAGGCAGCGGCAAAGGGAAAGUUUUGAAUAAGAUCCCAGUURUCGGCUCCCUUCUUCGACACAAUUCCUCCGAUACCGCCGUAUCAUCCACUCACUCCCACAGCUCUCAACUUGUAGAUCUCGUCGUCGAAGACCACCAAGCAGAGGAGAUAGAACGCGUCCGCGCAAGGAAAGAGGGCGGACCCGGCUGGAACAGUAUAGCACCGAAGCAUUUCGUUAACCUGGCGGCGAAUGAGAACGGGGAAGGUGAUGAGGAGGAGGAAGAAGUCCGAGAAGGCUACAACCCAGAUCGUCCUGAGGAGGGGCUGAACGAUGAUGGGCAUACACUUACGGACCCUUUUACUGUCGGCGAUGGGAGCGAUGAUGACAGGCUCGCGCCAAUCCAAGAUCGCCACGGGACAGAUGAACUAGGGCACGAUCAACCCUGGGAGACACGCAAGCUGGAUGACGGUAAGGGAAAGGGAAAGGCAAAGGCAACGAGUCCAGUCUACGAGCCCGAGAGGAACGUCUGGAAUGAUUGA